AUGUCAGAGUUUGUCCUUUGCCUGUUUUUGACAUUGUCUUUCCUCCAUCCACAGCAAGAGGAGUGGACCAGCCAUAACAACCAUCUGGUGAAAUACAUCCGCACCAAGACCAAGCCUAACAUCUUUUAUGCGCCUGGGAAAAUGUGCUCCGCCACACAGAAACUCCUCGACGAGUCCACCAAGAAACUCAAUGCUGUGUUUGAUGAGAGGCGUGAGGCUUUUGCCGAGCACCUCAGUAAGAUGGAGUCCCGCCCCCGGCGGCAGCCAAACCGCGACCAGGACGGCAACACCACGGGAACGGACCGCCCGGCGGAGGGUAAGCCAGCAGGUCAGGUAGUCAAGGUGACAGGUAACAGGGGGGAUGCAGAGAUGGAGGAAGACGAUGAGGAGGAUGAGGAGAUGGAGGAGAGGGAUAAGGAAGGGGCUAAAAAGCAGAUUAUUAUGGAGGAGGGGGAGAAGGAAGUGUUGCAGAAGGUUGAGGAAGAGGUAGAGGGGAUGGAGUUGAGUGAGGAUGUUAGGAAAGUGGAUGAGGAGGAGAAGGAAGGAGAGGGGGGGGUUAAAGCUGUAGAGGAGAAGGAAGAGAAGGAGCCAAGCCCAGGGUCAGAGGAGAUGGAGGGGGAGGGAGAGAAACAGAAAGAGGACAGGACUAUGGUAGACGAGGGGGAUGCAGAGAAGAAUCUCCCAGAGAUACAGAUUGAAAAGCCCCAGGAGACCCCGUCCUCCGAACCAAGCGCACCCAGCCAAGCAGCAGACAACGGGCCCCAGCCCCCCCCCAUCCUCCCUGCGGAGGAGCUAGCAGAAAAGCCCCCCGAGAUCCCAGAACCACAAAAAGCCUCCGUGGCUCCCGAACAGGAAGUGAGCACGCCUGGCCUCGUGCUGCAGAACUCAGCCGCUGAGAGCCACACUGCGGAGGGGAAACCGGAGGAGGCUCCCCAAAAACCAGCCGAGUCCCAGGAGGCCCCCGCCAUCACCCCCUCACCCGCAAAGAAGGGAGAGGAGGGCGGGAGAGGCAGGAAGAAGGCAAAGGAGCCAAAGAAGAGUCGCAACACCUCCUCUUCGUCCUCGGGCUCCUCCUCCAGCGGGAGCUCGUCCUCUUCCUCAGGGUCCAGCCACUCCUCGUCUUCCUCCUCUUCUUCAUCCGCGUCGUCAAAGAGCCGCAGUCGAGACCCCACUAAGCGCAAGAGGAGGCCGUCGGCGAGGGACAGGAAGAAAGGGGAGGAGAGGAGUCAGCGCAAGAGAGGGGGGAGCAGCGGAGGAGGGAGGGACUCAAAGGCGUCCAAGGAGAAGAAGAAGAGGAGGAGCGAUGAAGGGAGGGGCCGGUCCUCCCGCGGCGAUAGGGAGCAUAAAGAUAGAGACAGGAAGGACAAGAGACGCUAAUCUGCUUCUCGUUCAGCUGUACGGUGACGCUGGCACACUGAGGGGCAAUCAACUUCACUUAACUACACAUAACGUUUUUAAACUAGCAUUUUCCAUUAAAAUGCCACUUAAAGGCCUUUGGAGGAUUUUUCUCCAGCGUAGGGAUUUAAAAGUUGAUAGAAUUGGAGGAUAAGUGCUUAUAAUUUCCCUUUUUUAUAUUUGGCAAAAGAAGUGUACCUGAUUGGACGCCUUGCCAGGGCCAGAUUAGCCAGGGUAUUCAAAACACUUGGCUUUUAAAAGGCUGUCUGGACAGAUGGUGUUGAAUGUUCUCCAUCCUAAUGUCAUAGGCUGGGGUUGCCGGUGGUUACGGUAGCACCAUUCACUCACAGUACUGUUGUUUUUAAGUCGAUGUGACAAUGCUGUCAAUCCACGUUUAUUUGAAUGUUGAAUCAAUGUGAAAGCCCUUGUACCUUCACCCUGCGGGUACAUGUGUGAUUUGCUGGUUUUUGAAAGUGUUUUUCCAUUUUUUGUAUUAACUGAUAAUCUGCUUCAAAUUAAAGGUGAGAUAUUGGUGGAAA